GCUGGAAGUCAUGUAAGCAAUGUAAAAAGUGGAAGUGGUGGAAAAGUGGUGGAAGUGGUGGAAAAGUGGUGGAAGUGGUGGAAGUGGUGGAAAAAUGGUGGAAGUGGUGGAAAAGUGGUGGAAGUGGUGGAAGUGGUGGAAAAGAAGUGGUGGAAGUGGUGGAAGUGGUGGAAAAGAAGUGGUGGAAAAAUGGCACAGUUUUUUUUUUCCCAUGCUUGUCGUAACAACCAGAACAUGAAGAAAGGAGGGUUCCAGCACAAGCAAGGCGGGUUUGAGACAAAGGAGAGUUCGAGCACAAAAAAAGAGCACAACAAAAAAAAGAAAGACGGUUCCAGCACAAAAAAAAAAAAGAAAGGCGGGUUCGAGCUCAAAAAAAAAGAAAGGUGGGGGGGACAUGGACAUGAGCAUGAGCAUGAGCAUGAUGCUGGACAUGAUGGGCAUGCCAGAAUGAUGGACAGAAUGAUGGACAGAAUGGACAAAAUGAUGGACAGAAUGAUGGACAGAAUGGACAAAAUGAUGGACAGAAUGAUGGACAGAAUGGACAAAAUGAUGGACAAGCAAAAUAAAUCUGUUAAGGGUGGCAAAAGACAAAGUACUUUUGAGCCAUUGAAAAAAAAAGGGAACAAACAAGUCAAAUGGCAAGGCAGAAAAGAGGGCGGAACUGUUGAGGUACUUUUGAGCCGCGGAGGGGAACUUUUGAGCCUCUGGUUGGGUACUUUUGAGCCGCGGUGGGGUUCUUUUGAGCCUCAAAAAGCCACUGUGCAGUUUUUUCUUUAA